CGCAAAGCAUGACAGCAUCGGCAUAAAAAUAAUUGAAAGUUGAAACUUGAAAAUAAACGGUUAUGAUCUUGUUUAUUGUAUACUUUUGACAGGAAUUUCGAAUAUUAACAAAAUAUGAAUUUUUCGAGCUUCUCGUCGAGUCCUCCAGCAAUAAGCAACGUGCAAGCAGUUAGGCGCGUCAAAACAUUUGUAUUACCGGACAAGUGUUAUGAGAAACGUAUAGGAUGUGCUUGGAGACGUGGAAAUCAAUUUGCAAUAUAUCCUCGAAGUCAAAAUGUAAACAAAACUAUAUCGGAAACAGCGAGCAAAACUGACGACAAAAUUUUAAAUGUUCGGCAAGACAUAGUUCUUUUUACGCCAAUUUUGCGUAAGUUAGUCAACGAAGCCAAUGGAACAUUCUUAUCUGUUCAAAAACUCGUCGAAACGUCUAAAAGUUCAGAUAAUCAGGUUGAGUUUCUGAAACUUUCGCGCCAAUAUCGUUCUAUCAUAAGAGUGUGCAUAGAAAGUCUCCAAGAAGCAGCAGAAAAGGAAACAGAUGGUCUACAGAAAAAUACAUUGCUUUCAUACAUAACAAUAUUUUAUUCCAUUGAAUGUAUAUGGCAUCUAUGUGAAAUAUUAUAUAUAGAUAUAAUUCCGGGGGAAGUGGUAUUACCGUUUUUACUUGAAUGGGUACGAUUUCAUUUCCCAUGUCACGAGCAGACUGCUGCACAACUGCUUGAAGCAUGUGAACGAGGUUCGGAAGACCACCCUGAAUAUUGGGAUACAGUUGUCGGCAUGGUUGUGCAGGGAAGAGUGGAUGUUUCGAGAGCAUUACUUAAAUUACAUUCUGCUGCCGACACUAAUGAGUUUAAACUUGUUGACAAUUCAUUAAGGAGUAUGCCGGUCUACAAUGUGUAUGGAGGCAUAUCAACCGGGGAGUUUACAAUAACUUGGAAACACUGGCAGGCUGAGUGUCGGUCGAAGCUGAGCAGUGGGGUCCUUGCACAGCAACCACAACUUGAACUUAUCAUGAGACUAAUGAUCGGCGAGUACUCGGCGUUCGAGUCGAUCCGGCCGAAGUACAGCUCGUGGUUCGACGUGCUGGGCGGCUGGGUGCUGUUCACGGCGCCGUGGGCGCGGCGCCGCGAGCUCGGCGCGGCGGGCGCGGCGUGCGCCGGGCUGGCGCCGGCCGCGCGCUCGCACCUCGACGUCAUGGUGCGCGCGCUGCUGGAGGGCGACCUGCACCAGGUGGUACAUGAAAUUCAACAAAUAUCGGACAAUGGUUGGUUUGCAUCUCACUUGACGGACAUCCUGUAUCACUGCGGCAAACUACAAAUAUUAGACCAUCAAACUGACGUCACGAGCCGCCUACGCGACAGUCUCAUCUUGGAGUACGGAUCACUUCUACUCGAGCAUAAAUCCCUGUGGUCCGUCGGCCUGUCGUACCUCGCCUCGUGUCCCCCCGAAGGUCCGAAAAGAGCCGAGUUGCUGCUGGAGAGAAUACCCAUCGAUACGGAGGCUAAAGCCAUGCGAGUGAUGGCGGAGGCGAAAAAGUACGGACUACUUGGCAUCGCGCAGGGCAUCCCGGCGUGCAUGGGCGCGCGGCGGCUGUCGGCGCGCGGCGCGGCGGGCGCGGGCGCGGCGCUGGCGUGGGGCGCGCGCGCGCGCUGCGCCGCGCUGUGCUCGCGCGCCGCGCACGCCGCCCUGCGCGCCUACUGCGCCGCGCGCCCGCUGCCCGCCGCCGACCUGCUGCUGUCCGCCGGCGCCACGCUGCUCAUCGACGACACGCUGCUGCUGCUCGGCAAAUAUUGUGACUUCCAUAGACUAUAUAAAAACAGAGAAUACAGGAAGGCAGCAAAACUUCUAGUUUCUUUGAUAACUUCCAAUAUUUCACCUGAAUACUUCUGGUCUACACUUCUCUUGGACACGCUACCUCUUCUCGAAACAGAUGAACCAGUUCUAUCAUCGGACGAUACUUAUGAGAUCAUGCUGUGCCUCGAAUUGAGGUCCAGCUGCCUCAGUAGUGAGAAAGCUGAUCUUCUCCGGUUGGCCCUAGCUAGAAACCUUGCAAGGACGGCACUUAUUGAUGUUGACGAUGAAUAAUAUCUUAUGAAAAGCAUUUGAGUAAAUAUUGAAAGCUGGAUAUUUUGAAUGUGUAUAUUAUUGAGAAGGAAGUGUUUUUUUAAUUUGUAAUGAGGAUAAUUUUCAAUGUUUGUUUAAGUGUUGCAUUGAUGUUUGCUGUAGUCCUCUUCUUACAAGGAAGGACUUAUGAUGGAUUCUGUGAUAGCCCCAAAAGAAUUCACCUUGCUGUUCAUAGAUUGGGUUUUUUUGCUGUAUGAGAUAAAUAAAAAAAUUGUGAGAAGUUUGAUCGGUAUAAAUGGUUGUAUUUUCGCCCCUUUUCCAUUCCGUAUGUCCAAUUUACCACCAUUUAAGUCAUGAUUGUUUUUUCAAUUUCAAUAAAAUAUGUUCUAAUUAAGUAGAAAUAGUUGUUUUUGUUUAUAACAUGGAUUCCAAAUGUACAAAAUUAUCUUGAUAAAUGAACAUAAUGAAUCAUAAACCAAUUAUUGAUAUGUUAAUAAAAUAAUAGUCAUGUUAUAUUAUAAGUGAUCGAUUCGAUUAUUCAUCUAAAAAUUAAAUUAAUAAUCCGUAGUCUCUAAAAAAAUUUUGAAAACUCAUAAUAACCAUAAGUGCUUGAACAACUGUGUAGUUAUUAUAUUUUCUACAUUAUUUAACUAUAUUUGGUGUCAUAGUACCAUUGUAUAUCUUUAUUUAAAUGUAGAAAAAAUCCUUAUAGAUGUAACAGGUAUAAGAUAUUAAACGCAUUUACGUUAAAACAGUAUACUAGCAGUAUCUAUAAAAAUACUGUUCUUUUAAUAAUGGCAAUAUGUCCAAAGGCCAACUAUAAACUUAACUAUCGAUAAUUUUAUAACAUUAUUGUGCAACACUAAGUAAUUAUUGUAUAAUUUUAAUAACUCGUAACAAAUAGUAUUAACAGUGUCGAUAUUGUCUACCUUAGCAACUUUUUAUAAAUACUAAGAUUGCAUAUCUGUGUGUGCGUUUUUGUAAUUUUAUACAGUUUCGAGAACAACCUCUAAUGUCAAUGAACUAUUGUAAUUCCAGAUUUUAUUAUUAAUUUAGUUCUGAUAAAAAAUUGUUGAAUAAAAUGAGUU